AUGAGAGCCAACCGAGGUUCAAGCGAGUCCCCAGUCAAAAAUCGAACAAGCUUUGGCUCGCUAGGAAGAGGGGGGGGUAGAGUCAAGCAUGGCGAAAUCUUGCUGGCACCCCCUUCAGUACGGGUAAACACCGAAGCAGGCAAGAAUAGGCAGCGGCAUGUCAAAGACAUCGGCAUUGAGGCCCCGAACUCUUUGCAAGGCAUCGCAUCUCGUCAGGACUCAAAAUCUGAACACACCCUGGACAACGAUUCGGUCUUAAAAAGCAGAAAAAGGCCUAUGGCAAUAUCCGUUUACGAAAGACUAAGUCUAACUCUCGAGUCCAGAAAGAAUUCCGCGAGGUUACCAGACGCAUGUCUCCCAGGGCUUCGAAAACAAAGAGCGCGUCAAUGUCAGACUAUGGGCGUUACCCGUUUGACUUUGACGAUGAUGAUACGGAAGGCCCUGUUAUCAAAAAGCGCAAAGUUGUCCGAGAAUAAUGACUGGUACUACGUAUAA